AUGGCGGCGGAGUCGGAGGUUGAUAACUGGCUGGGGAGCGGUAGCUUCGCAACCCAGCCGGCGCUGCCACAGCAGCGGACACCACAGGCUGCACCGUCAUUGCCUGAGAAUCGCCAGUUCUCGCUUGAGUACAGAGCGGCUAGGCUGGAUGAUGAAAUUUGGGAGGUGAGGCCGUAUUUCCUGGGCAGAGAUAACAUGGAAAGAAGGUUUUCUGUUUCAGACAUCACUUUUCUCAACUUGAUAGCACCUACUGAAACUGAAGGCUAUGGGUCAGAUGACUACAUGUACUGGGUAAAAGAAGAAGGAACUGGACAUGAAGGUUUAUUGCUUCUGGACAAUCAAGAUGCAGUUGAAGAAAUGAUAGACCACUCUGAUUUCGCAGUGCUAAAUAUCAUCGUGGCCAAGGAAAAUGAAGAUAGAGAUGUUGAAUUUAACAGGGCUCACAAUGUUUGUGAAGAGCAAAUUCCAAUAGGCAGUCCGGUGGGGGACCCUGGUUUUGUGUUAAGUCUGUCACAAGAUGGAGUGGUUCACCCUCUUGAAGUUAAUGUGAACACGCAGCAGAGCUGCAACUUGAACAUUAUAGAAGCUCCUGGUGGUGAUGGUGGACAGGCUGGUGGUGAGGAGAGUGAUGAUGAUGGAUCUGAUGGUGAGGAGAAAGAGGCUGACAGUGGAGGGGAGAGAGUUGUGGCAAAAGGCAGGCCUGAGAAACUGAAGCCUGUUAGAAGGGCAACAGUAAAUUCAGGUCCUACUUCCAGAGCUCAUAGUCAGCCAGAGAUCCCCAAGUUUCAAGAUUUUGUAACUGAACCCGAUGAAUAUUGCUUCCCUGGUGAUGUGGGCAUUUCUGACUCGGAUGGAGAGGUUCCAAGACUACCUUCUGGAAGGAAGAGAAGAUUGAAGAAGAAGAAAGAGAGGAAAUUGUAUGACCCAAAUCUACCUGAUGCACCUAAGCAGUUGUGCAAGGACCUUUGCUUCACCAAUGUGUAUGAGUUUAGAAAGGCUUUGAGAAAUUUUCAUGUUAGGACUUUGAGAAACUUUCAGUACCAUAGGAAUGAACCAACAAGGAUUAUUGUUUGGUGCCCAGAGAGUAAGAAUGGCUGUGAAUUUUUCAUGACUGCCUCCAAAGUAGCCCAUGAAGAUACAUUCACAAUCAAGAAGUGCCACCUGGAUCAUAGUUGUGGAGCUUGUGGAGAGAGUAUCAAGAAGACUGCAGAGUGGGUUGCAGAAAUUGUGGAGGACACAGUUAGAUCAAAUGUAAAGGCUGAUGUAGAGACAAUUCUGAAACAUACUAAGAAGAAGUUUGGGGUGCAUGUACCUAGGAGUUUGGCUUAUAGGGCAAGACUGAUGGUUGUUGAUGUUGCGCAAGCCCCCACACCAAGGUUCAAGUACAUGUUCUACUGCCUCCAGGCAUCAAACGAUGGAUUCCUUGCUGGUUGUAGGCCUUUCAUAGGUCAACAGAUAUUGGCAGCAACAGGGCAAGAUGGGAACAACAAUGUCUUCCCAAUUGCUUUUGGGGUGGUUGACAAAGAGGAUGGUCCCAAGUGGACCUGGUUUUUAAACCAACUUAGAGUCUGCAUUGGCACCAGUAACCAAUUUGGGAAUUACACCAUCAUGUCUGACAGGCAGAAGGGCCUUCUUAAAGCAAUUAAUGAAGUAUUUCCUCAAUCCCCACAAAGAUAUUGCCUUAGACACAUAUAUGCCAACAUCCAGUCAGCUGGUUUUAGAGCAGAAGAACCUAAGAAAUGGGUUGACAAAGCUAACUAUUCCUUCACUGAACAUGGCCACAAAGAAGGAAUGGCUGGUUUGAAAGCAACAUGUGAACCAGCCUACAUGUGGUUGAAUGGAAUCCCUAAGGAGUGUUGGGCUAGAUAUGCAAUGGAUCAUGUGUGCAAGACUGACUUGGUUGUGAACAACCUUAGUGAGGUUUUCGACAAAAUGAUUCUAGAUGUUAGGUCCAAACCGAUUAAGACCAUAUUUGAAGGGCUGAGGACCAAACUAAUGGUUAAGUACCAUGGCAUUAGAGAGAAAACAAAGAGCUGCAGGUGGGAAAUAACCCCAUAUUACAUGGAGAAGCUUGAAGAGAGCAAGAAGUGGGAUAAAUACCGUGAAGCAAACAUGGAUGGUCCCAACAUCUAG